AUGGUGAAAUCAAUUGAUGAGCACCAACCGAAGUCGUCGGAGGCUCUGCAAUGGAUACAGAUCUUUCUUAAGAUGCUGAUAUUCAUCUGUAUCUUCGUGGCUGCAAUUUCUUCGAGAUUGUUCUCUGUUAUCAGAUUUGAGUCUAUUAUCCAUGAGUUUGACCCGUGGUUUAAUUUUAGAGCAACUAAGUACCUCAUGGAGCACUCAUUUUAUGAGUUUUUGAACUGGUUUGAUGAUCGGACUUGGUAUCCACUUGGACGGGUGACCGGCGGUACACUUUAUCCAGGUUUGAUGACAACUUCGGUAGCGAUCUGGAACGCUUUGAAGACUAUUGGUCUCCCUAUUGAUAUUCGUAACGUGUGUGUUUUGUUUGCACCUGCGUUUGCGGGGUUCACUGCGCUAGCGACGUACGAAUUUACGAAAGAAAUAAAAGAUGAAAGAGCAGGGUUGUUGGCAGCCGGUUUUAUGGCAAUUGUUCCUGGUUAUAUAUCUAGAUCUGUUGCUGGAUCUUAUGAUAAUGAGGCAAUUGCUAUCACGCUUUUGAUGGUGACCUUCAUGUUUUGGAUCAAAGCAAUGAAAACGGGGUCAAUCAUGCAUUCAACGUUUGCGGCGUUAUUCUAUUUUUAUAUGGUUUCCGCGUGGGGUGGUUACGUUUUUAUUACAAACUUGAUUCCGCUUCAUGUUUUUCUUUUGAUAUUGAUGGGGCGUUACAACAGUAGAUUGUAUACCUCAUAUACAACAUGGUAUACUAUUGGGACAAUAGGUUCUAUGCAGAUCCCUUUUGUUGGUUUCUUGCCAAUUCGUUCCAACGACCAUAUGGCUGCAUUAGGAGUGUUUGGGUUAGUACAGCUGGUUGCAUUGGGGACUUACGUUAAGUCUCACGUGUCUACACAACGCUUCAAAGUCGUAAUGGCUAUAUCUAUAAGUACUAUUAUUAUUGCGGGGUUUUCAGGCUUGUUUGCAUUAACUAUGUUGGGUUAUAUAGCUCCAUGGACAGGAAGAUUUUACUCUUUAUGGGACACUAAUUACGCUAAAGUUCACAUUCCUAUUAUUGCUUCUGUCUCCGAGCAUCAACCUACCGCAUGGCCGGCCUUUUUCUUUGAUAAUCAGUUUUUGAUCUGGUUAUUCCCCGCAGGUGUCUUCUUAAUGUUUUUGGAGCUCAAGGAUGAACAUGUUUUCGUCAUUGCAUACUCUGUGUUUUGCUCUUACUUUGCAGGGGUGAUGGUUAGAUUGAUGUUGACCUUGACACCUAUUGUGUGUGUCACAGCUGCAUACGCGCUUUCGAAACUGUUUGACAUAUAUCUCGAUUUUUCGGAUCUGUACAGCAAUGAUGCCCAGAGCGGGGAAAAAGAAGGUGAAAAGGCAGAUUCUACUUCAGCUCGUGAUAAGUUGAUGAUGCUAGUCGCCAAACUAAUUGUUUCAGGGACAUUUUUAUUCUAUCUGAUUUUGUUUGGUUACCACUGUACGUGGGUGACUUCAAAUGCAUACUCUUCUCCUUCCGUUGUUUUGCCUUCACGUAAUCCUGAUGGCUCCCCUGCGCUUAUAGAUGAUUAUCGGGAAGCUUACUACUGGUUACGUUUGAAUACCAAAGAGGACGCGAAAAUCGCUGCAUGGUGGGACUAUGGGUAUCAGAUUGGAGGAAUGGCAGAUAGGACUACACUUGUUGACAAUAACACUUGGAACAACACUCACAUUGCAAUCGUAGGCAAAGCUAUGUCUUCCUCUGAGGACGUUGCUUACGAAAUUAUGGCCGCACAUGAUGUGGACUACGUUCUUGUGAUUUUCGGUGGGUUACUCGGCUUUUCCGGUGAUGACUUAAACAAAUUCCUAUGGAUGGUUCGUAUCGCCGAGGGUGUCUGGCCCGAUGAGAUUCACGAGCGCGAUUACUUUAGCGCGUCUGGAGACUACCGUAUGGACUCCCUUGCCUCACAAAAAAUGAAGGACGCUCUCUUAUACAAGCUUUCCUACUACAGAUUUCCAGACCUUUUCGAUGGUCGCCAAGCCACGGAUAGAGUCCGUGGUCAAACUGUCACAAUUAAUGACAUUGGGAAUUUGGACUACUUCGAAGAAGCUUUCACAUCGGAAAACUGGCUUGUAAGAAUAUACAAACUGAAAGAACCUGAUUUCCUCGCAAGGAACCUCCACGACGUUGGCACAUUCGAGAGAGAACAGGCUCUCGGCGUCAAAAAGAGAUUAAUAAAGAAGCCCCAACUUGACGUUAGAGUAUAA